AUGUUCGAAAGAUACAAUUUCAUACACACGCGCCGUGUUUGUCAGUCAGUGCAACGCUGUCUCUGCGUGCGCCUGGCACCUGUGCAGCUCCUCACGGAUUUCCCUCGCCCGCCCAACCUCGCGCUGGACGGAGGUCAAGUUACGUUUCAGUUGCAGCCAGCGCUGGCAAAUCGGCUGCGCAGCCUUGCACGCGCCAAGAGCGUCACGCUCUUUGCACUUCUCUUAGGCCUCUUUGCCCUGGCACUGAGCCGCUGGGCAGCGGCACAGGAUCUCGCCAUCGCCUCGCCGGUGGGCCACCGCCAGGGGAAUGCCGUCGAGCCACUAAUUGGAUACUUUGUGAACACUGUGCUCUUCCGGGUGAACUUGAAGACGCCCUGCACAUUCGAGGAUCUCCUGGGAAGAUUGCGCGAUACAGUGGUCGGGGCUUUCCAGAAUUCUUCGGCUCCGUACGCAAAGGUUCUGGAGGCUGCGGAGCUUGAUCCGGCUGCUGUGCCAGCCAUGUUUGUGCUGCAGGAUAGAGAUGAGACGGCAUGGAACAUGGAGGGCUUGCGAGUUGAGCAAGUCGAAAUCAAGCGGCAUGCGGCCCUCUUCGAUGUCACUUGCGAGAUGCAGGAGAUGCCUGGAUCUGCUGGAGGACUCCAGGGAGUCCUGGUCUACAACAAGCACCUCUGGACCAACUCACGUGCCGUGCGUUUUGCUGAGAGCCUCCAGACGCUGGCUCUGGCUGUGGCGGAGCAGCCCGCGGUGGACCUGCUCCAACUUGCGGUCAUCUCCAGCAACGAUCGGGCCAAGGUCCUGGAAUGGGGCGGCCACAACCGACCGGUCGCGUCACCCACGUCCACCAACACUAGCGGCACUAGCGGCCCCCCGGAGUGUCGAGAGAAGGGCCGGGGGGCAUUGCUGGAGGGCACCGUGGGCGCUGGCACAGGCUCUGAAAGUGACCGCUCCGUCACCUACGGGGAGUUCGGCGCACGCGUCAUGGCCCUCUCCCUGGCUCUGCGGGCGCGGCUCCCGCUCGAGCCGGAGGCGCACAAAGACGAAAAGCUGGUGGCGGUGCUGUUGCCGCGGUCCGUGGACUUGGCUGUUGCGAUCUGGGCUGUCUUGAGCCUCCCGGGAGCGGCCUACGUCCCGAUUGACCCCGAGUAUCCACCGCAGCGGAUCCAGCACAUCCUGAACUCUGCGAAACCGCACUUGGCUUUGGCCAAAGAAGAGCACGCAGAGCUGAUGGGGGAAGACAUCGGAGUCUUCGGCACACGGCAGUGGCCAAGCCCGGAAACCUCCUUUAACCCUGCCCGUGUGGAGGAGCUCACGCAGGCACCGCCGCAAGGCCUGGCCUACGUCAUUUACACCUCCGGCUCUACCGGCAAGCCCAAAGGCGUGGCCAUUGAGCACCGAUCGGCUGCGAACAUGGUGCAGGAGCUUGAGCUGAUUCAGAUUAUACUGAUGAAACGAUAUGUGAAAGCCCUGCGUCAUCUCACGUCCGAAUCUUCGCAGGAGCAGCUUUCCCUCAUGCGCAUUACCAGGGAGGAUCGCGUCCUCCAAUUCUUCAAGCCUGCCUUUGAUGGUGCCGUCCAGGAGUACCUGAGCACCUUCCUGGCUGGUGCAGUGCUUGUGCUUUGGGGCGAGGACAAGGAGGAGACCUUUGCAGAGGUCCUGUCGAGACACCGCUGCACAGCGUGCACUUUGACGCCGUCUGCACUGUCGGUGCUGGACCCGCAGCGCCUACCACUCUUGACGAAGCUGGCAGUGGCCGCCGAGGCCUGUCCACCGACUUUAGUGGAGCUUUGGGCCUGCCAGCCAGGCCAGCACUGCCAGCGCCGGCUUCUAAAUGCCUAUGGCCCCUCGGAAAACACCGUGGUUGCAACGUCCGCCGAGCUCGUGGCUCCGAGCGAAAGCUCCAACGACUUCAUCCUCCGAUCUGACUCGUUCGACAGCCUUAUGUCAGCCCCUUCGCGACAGCACGUGCCCAUUGGCACUCCGCUUGGAGGAGUGCAGUGCUAUGUCUUCGAAGCCACCGCAUUGAAGUCACUUCAGGACGGGUUGCGGGGAAAGACGGGUGGGAUUCAACUGGCACGAGGGUACUUCGGCGACGCAGCGAAGACAGCUGAGAAGUUCGUGAUCAACCCUCUUGGAUGCCAAAAGAUGCAGCGAAUGUACAAGACUGGUGAUGUCGUGACUUGGCUCCCGCAGGGACAGUUGCUCUACCUGGGCCGGAAUGAUGAGAUGGUGAAGGUGCGAGGUUUCCGCAUCGUCCCACAGCCGCGCUUAAGCGGGACAGUGAUUGCAAGGGAGUUCUGCAGAGAGGCGGGGCUCCGAAGCAGCGGACUUGCCAGGAGCUGA